AUGGCACCAUGUCACACUAGAACUGAUGCCGUACACUGGUACAUGGGAGAACUAAGUGCUCGAGUGGUGGCAAAAAGUGGUAUACCAAGUGAUCGACACCAUCUAGGAAAACUGACUUUACAAGGAUUCAAAGAUGCACCAGAUUUUGUAUUACAGAUAGAUGGUGCUACAGAUGAAUCUGAGACAUUCAAUUCUGCCCUAACAAGAUCAGUUCAGUGUGCUACAGCAUUCAGAAAGUUAGAUCUGAAACAUGGAGACGUCAUCGUUUUGAUGGGUCCAAACCACAUUCAUCUGACUAUACCUAUGUACGCCGCGUUUUAUCUCGGUAUAGCUGUUGCCGGGAUCGAUAUGACUCUUAAACAUAGUGAACUUUUAGAAACCUUAAGAUUAAACGCACCGAAGAUUGUAUUUUGUCAAAGUGAAAGAUUAAAGCAUGUUCGUUUGGCGUUAGAAGAGCUGGCCUUCGAUACACAAGUUAUUACUUUCGACAAAAGUAACGAAACUUUGAGUCUCCCUGAACUUCUAGAUAAAUAUGGAAGUGACGUGUCUGUUGACGAUUUCGAGGCUGCUGACUUUGAUUCAGCAACUACAACCUCGCUACUAAUAGCCACGAGCGGAACAACAGGGAUACCUAAAUCAGUAGUUGUUACCCAUAAAAACAUGGCCGUUUCUGUACCUUAUAUGUGGAUAAGCUUUAAAAACUUUCCAACACCUACUCGCCUAUCAAUAACAUUUUCUCCAAUUCAGUGGUACUCGGCGCUGUUUCAAUUUGUUUUCUCACCGAUCAUAAGACAUACUAGACUGCAGUCUUCAGCGCCAAUGACACAGGAUCAUGCUUUUUACCUUAUUAAUAAAUACAGGCCAACAUUUACGUUUACGAGCCCAAGUAUGGUAUCAACUUUUAUGAAAAUCGGCGAUCGAGAUAAAUGUGACUUUACAAGUUUUGAAACAUUUCUAGUCGGCGGGGGCAUGGUUCAUCCUAAACUUGUUGAAGAUAUGAAAAUGGCCACUCCAAACACAAAAAUUCUUGUUAUUUACGGCAUGAGCGAAAUGUCAGGCAUAGCUUUCGAUUUUGAUGAAACUGAGCCAACGUCUCUUGGUAAACCUUUACCAUCCUUGGAACAUAGGCUGGUGAACCCUGAAACUUUACAAGACGUAACGGAGCCCAACAUACACGGAGAACUGUGGGUAAAAGGGCCAGGUAUAUUUAAGUGCUAUUACAACAAUCCAGAAACGACAGCAGAAGUACUCACGGAAGACGGCUGGUUAAGAACUGGCGAUAUUAUGUACAGAGAUGUAAAGUCAAACUAUUAUUAUGUCGAGCGAAUGAAACUCUUACUAAAGUAUAGGAACCACCAGAUUUCUCCACAAGAAAUCGAAAAUGUUAUAAUUGAACAUCCAGGAGUCUUCCAAGUAGCAGUUACCGGUAUUCUUGAUAUCGAAGAAGGAGACUUGGUUGUGGCUUGCGUCGUACCCCAUGAGGGAUAUAAUAUCACCGCUCAAGAAAUCAAAGACUUAGUGAAAAACUCACUCACCGAUUCGAAGCAACUCCGAGGAGGCGUUAUAUUCUGUAAAGAUUUACCACUGACUUCUACUUAUAAAGUUGAUCGGACAAAACUAAAGUCCAUGGUUUUAACAAUGAAAAGAGAAUGAUAGACCUCAUUAAAAUAUUUGCGGAGCCGUCUUUAAACUGCUAACAAAAAUGAAUAAAUUGAAUUGUAUAAGCGUAAAUAAAUUAUUACUAAGUACAAA